UACUUCGACUAGUAUUAUAUCUCGCCGGAUUCCAUGUCAAAUUAUCUUGAUCUCGUACUCGGAUCGUAUGAUCUUCUCAUUUCAUCGCGAUGAAAAAGUUACUGUCUUAUGAAAUUGACGCUUCGGAAUAUUUCUGUAAACUCACCGCUUGCAUUGAACUACCUCCACGGAGUUUUCUUGAUGGAGAACGGUAACUAUCCACAAACUUAUCCGGAUUUCCGGUACUUUCCUCCUCCGUCGGCAUGGAUUGAUCCGAAUUCUGUACUGUCCGACGACGAUAAAACUCCGACGUGGGUCAUUGUCGGCGCAGUGAUCGUUGUCAUCAUGCUCUGCGGUCUCCUUUUCUACUACAUCCGGUGGCAAGAGAAGAAAAUCCGGAAAAAAGCGGCCGCGGCAUUUGCUCCGGUCGCAAUACCACCUCCUCCACCUCCACGUAAGAAGAAAGAGAAGAAGGAAGAGAAGAAAGCUGACGAUAAGCCAAUGGGCAUCCAGAUUGGGUUACCAGGGUAUUGUCGGAGAUGCGGGCAUAGAGGAGGACAAUAUUCUUCAUCAUAUACUUGCCCACAGUGUCAGUGGAAUAGUAACCAUAAUGAAGCGUGGCCAGACAACAGAUAGAUACAGAAAUUACAAAAGUUUUUCUCAUCUUGUUGUAUGGCAUGUGAAUUUGGAAGGCUUGUGUGAGAAACUUGAAUGACGCACGCUCACCCAUCGUCUAUUU